AUGUUUGAAGGUACUCGCAUUCGGAAAUGCCUGUUUUUUAAUCAUGUGCAAAUCGUCUGCCGUUUCAGAUUCCGAAACUACGCCUGGCGCGGCUGCAACGACACCGGAAUACUGUUGACAGCUAAGCUGAUAAACGCGGAUCUUCGGUCGUCGUUCAGGACAUGGAUCACGAUCAGCAUAAUCGUCAGCUUCGUGACGGUGAUGGUCAGUGCGCUGUUGAUAGCCGCCAUCGCAUUCGGCAAGAAAUGGCGAUCGCCGUCGUUGCGCAUCAUCCUGGUGAUGUGCAGUGGCCAUCUGUUGCUCGCCGCGGCCGUGUUCUACCGCAACACCUCGGAGGGCAUCCGUAUCGCGCUUGGUCGAUCGUCUGCCAUGACCGGCUUACGGUGCUUCCGGGAACUCGUUCCGUUUUACGUGGGCCAGAACUUCGUGCUCUUCCUGAAUAUCCUGGUACCCGUCGACCGACUGGUGUUCCUUCGCUUUCCGCGGUGGUACGCCUCGUUGUCGAUGAACGUCGUACGGACAGCGAUGACCACGUCCGCCUUCUUGUACGUGGUCGCGCUGCUGAUCGUCGAGUACUCGCUGACCACGUGGUGUCUGGUGUUCACCUGCGCCCAGGAACUGACCACCUCCAGUACGUUCGUGUUUUUCAAACAGGUGGAUCGGUACGUCAAAAUAUCGAUCGCCAGCCUGGUCAGCAUUGUCCUGCUGGUCGCGGUCAAGACCCGUCGCGAACGACGAGGCACUGAGAACUUCGACGAACGCCAAGAGCACCACGUGGAUGACCAGACGAUGGUCGCGGUCGCGAUGUCCGUCCUCUGCCACAACGUGCUUCUCGUCCUUUCCCAACUGCUUUACUACAUGGCAUCACUGUACUACGGCGACAACGAGCCAAUCGCCGUUGGCUUCACCAACUCUGCGGUGAUCGUCAACUUUGUCGGCAUCGCCAAUUUCUUAAUCUUCGCUUGGCAGGUGCGGUCGUUUCAAAGAGACGUCAUCGCGUUCCUCAUUCGACUACUGUCCCUGUGUCAUAUGGUCGACAGGAUGACCGUUCUACAGACGACCUCUUCGAUGCCCCCUGUUGUCAACCGGUCAUCAUAA